UGGUAUUCAUAUCCACAUAUAGACUGGUCAUCGGCAUUUGAUGGUCAGAUUCUUCAUUCUCACUUGUGCAAUGUCGUCGUCAGUUUCAUCCGCGUGUUGAAAUGAACACAUUGUGAUUUCUGUGAUGAAACGUGAACGUGCGCUAUGAUUUUUCCUGAUUUGUGUUUUAAAAAAAUCAAGAAACCAGUAUUCGGAAAACGGAAGACUUACAGGUUUUCACCAUGUCAAAAAAUAGUACAACAAAGGUUAUCUGCAUCUACAAGUUGCCUAACCCCAACAAAUUCAAGACCUUCGACUCCAAACAACUACUUCCAUUCUACAAGUUCGGCUGCUGUUAGUAGACAUCUACCAUCUGGUACUGCAAGUAAUGGAUUUUCGCAACCACAACAAACGUCAGCUGUAACUCAUUUAUCAUCACCUAGUCAUCAUCACUCUCUUUCUCAUAAGGAAUCUUUCACUUUGGGCAGUCGGCAUGUGCAUGCAUUGUCAGCUUCUAGUCAACACCUUUAUCGACAAUCAGAUAAACACGAUCCUGUAAUAAGGCAUACAGAUGAAAAAUGGACUUCUUCGUCUACAUUAGGGAGUCACGGAUCAUCUCAAGCGUUGGUAGUACAAACGGAAAAUAAUAACGUCGCUAAAUUCAAUGUACCACAUAGUAUUGAUAACUUACCUGCACCACAGACCGUAUCAAAAGAACAAAAAGAUUUACCUACACCUACUUCUACUCCCACAACAUCUAGAAAGACAAGAAGGCGUUCCAAUCUAUUUACACCAUCUAAAAAAGGUGAAGAUAAGUUGAAGAAUGGUGGCGAUAUUGGUAGUGGGAGAGCAAUUCCUAUUAAACAAGGUUAUUUGUACAAGAGGAGUAAUAAACCUCUAAAUAAAGAAUGGAAGAAGAAAUAUGUAACGUUAUGUGAUGAUGGACGACUCACUUAUCACCCCAGCUUGCAUGAUUACAUGGAUGAUGUGCAUGGAAAGGAAAUAUCACUUCAGUAUGUAACAGUUAAAGUUCCUGGGCAAAGACCGCGAGGAUCAAAAUCGAUUAUUACGGUAGCGGGUACCAAUGGAAGUAAUGUAAUUAAUGAGGGUAUAGGAGGACUCUCGCUAAGUAAUAGUACAAAAGACAAGAGAUUAACUGAAAAAGUACUCCUUACCGCAUUUGAAGCAGUGAAAGAUCCUGGUAGAUACGCUCAACUGGGCGUUGACGAAGGUGCACUACCGAACAGUAAUUCAUUUGUAAAUGGCGAUAAUUUAAAAAUGGAAACUCCUAACGUUAAAAAACGACACAGGCGAAUGAAAAGCAGUAGCGUGAAAAAUGCUGAUUAUGAUGAUUCAGAUGUGUAUGAGUUUUACAUUGUUUCAUUGGACAACAAACAGUGGCAUUUUGAAGCUGUAAAUUCUGACGAUCGCGAUGAUUGGGUUUCUGCAAUAGAACAGCAAAUACUUAGCUCGUUACAAUUAAACGAAUCUAGUAAAGGGAAAAAGGCAAGCAAUCCCAUGGAAGCCGCUACGAUUCAAACCAUAAGAUCUCAUGUACCUGGAAAUGAAAACUGUGUGGAUUGUGAUUGCCCGAAUCCCGGCUGGGCCAGUUUAAAUCUAGGAGUUUUAAUGUGUAUCGAGUGUUCUGGAAUACAUAGGAAUUUGGGCUCCCAUAUUUCGAAAGUACGAUCUUUAGACUUAGAUGAAUGGCCACCUGGACAUCUAAGUGUUAUGUUAGCCAUUGGAAAUACCCUGGCAAAUUCUGUCUGGGAGCACAAAACGCAAGGCAGAUUAAAACCUUCCUCAAACUCGUCUCAUGAAGAAAAAGAACAGUGGAUACGAUCGAAAUAUGAGUCGAAAGAAUUUCUUCCGGCACCUAGCAAUACUAUGCCUUUAGGACAGCAACUAGUGGAUGCUGUUUGUAGUACAAAUAUAAAGGGUAUAGUACUAGUUCUGGCGCAAGGAAAUGCAGAAGACGUCAAUUCCACUGUUGCACCACGUGAUCUCCGAACCCCUUUACAUUUAGCUUGUGCCAUGGGAAAUCUAGCUGUUGCACAGUUACUCAUUUGGCAUAACGCUAACGUAUCAGCGGUGGACCAAGAUGGGCGAACAUGUUUGGCAUACGCGCGAGCGGCGGCCAGUGUAGCAGCUGCCAAAUCUCAUUCAGGAAGCACAGUUACCGCAGAGAUUUCCGCAGCGACGAGCAGAGCGCUGGUAGAGCUACUUUUGUCUAACGGUUGCCCCGAACUAUCUUCUGUGCCUAACAGUGGAACCCUACCUCGCAGAAGAGGUAGUCAACAGAUGCCACAAUUUGAAAAACUCCCAUCAAGUGUAAUUUAAAUAAAAGUCUGAUUAGGUAAAAGAAUUAAAAGAGUAUGUAUUCCGUAAGGGACGAAUUUGUUGAAUUAUUUAAUUUUUUCAAUUUAAUUGGAUGUUUUUUGAAAUAUUGGAAGCUACUGUACUUAGUACUUUUAGAAGUUAUUGGCUCUGCAAUUAUAUUCAUGUGAUUUCGUCGAAAGUGUUCAAAUGUCAAUUCUAAACAGUAAUAAUGUACUCACACUUUCACACUUGUGUACUACCUAUGAUAUUUGCAACUCGAAGAGAUUCCAUUAUCCAUACUACACACUUUUGUAUGUCGUUUUGUAAUGUUUGUACCUUAUGCGUGAUAGUAAUUUAAAAAUAUCAGCAAUAUGGUUUGUUAUAGCUUGAUGUUUUGUGAUUGUGGAUUUGUUACAAAUAAUAUUAGUAAAUAUUCCUUUGUUAUGUUGUAUAUACUUUCGCCAAAGAAUGUAUGUAUUAUUUUGUAUAUACAGAGCAAGAUCAUUUAUGUACAGAAAUUAUAUACGUUGUUCUUCCGUA